GUAUUUAUAGUGGAAGAUGUUAAUUAGCCGUUGGGAGUGAUUAGGGGUGAUUUGAAUUCAAAUUUCGCAAUCAAGAACAGUGCUGUAACGGAUCCGGUAGGUAGGUGCCGUCCACACGGUAUCAUGGUACCGUGCGUACGGUAGGGAGUACCGUGAGAGGCGGUACCUCGAUACCGUGUAGCACAAAAACUUCAUCCGGUUCUGGCGGUACCUAGUUAGGACGGGUGUGUCCAUCCGUUCCGGCCUACCGUACGGUACCUGGGUACCGUCCCACGGUAUAGGGGUUUGUCCAGUUGAUUGUUCGAAGAAGAUAGACUUGCGGAAUGUAGGGGGCGAUGGUGGCAAGGCGGCUCUUGACGAUGAUUUUGACAAAAUUUUUUGGAAGAGCAAAAUGGGCAAAAACGUUGGAGAAGAGACGGAGGUUGUCGCGGCGCCUACGAAUUCUGACAGUGCUUGUGUGGAGAUUAAGAGGCCAGAAAGGGUGCAUAAGAGUCCAGAAAGAUAUACUCCAAGCGAGGUUGUCAUUAAAGAGAAAAAACGUAAAAUUAAAAGAAUGGUGCGAUUUAGCGAGCGUGUGAAGAGUGAACGGAAUGGGCAACGAUAUGGGCCAUUUACUAAGGAUCCUAAGCAAAUGCCAUCCGAAGAAGAUGUUGAAAAGGUUAGAGUUUUCUUGAAUGAAGGACUUUUGAAGAGAAGAGGUAUAGCUACCGGAACUUGUAGGUAUGUAGCUGAAGUGGAUGACUUGUCCAAAGAUCCCAUUGUUCUGGAUGGAUUCAAGGUGGAAAAUAAGACAUGGUUUUAUGAGCUAUUUACCAAUACAGAGUGGUUGCGCAGCACGCAUAUAGAGAUUGCGAUGUACUAUCUUGAAUUGAAGAGCAUUCAAUACAGCUUGAUGCAGACAUACACAGCAGCGUCACCAUAUUUUUUGCAAGGGCUCAAGACGCACCAGGAGGUGGUAGAUGUCGGCAAGGUGAAAAUGGAGGAUGUGAUUGAUAAUUCAAGUCUAUCAAGUGAGGUGUUAGGAUUAGCGCGCGAAUAUGCGAAGCCUUGGUGUGAAUGUGAUUUUGUAUAUAUGCCAUUGAACACUGGGAAUCACUGGAUGUUACUUGUGCUCGAAGUUGAAGAAAGGAAGAUAAGGGUCUAUAAUUCUAAAGGAAAGAAAGGGCAGACAAGUAGGGGAAUCAUUCCAUACGUGACGUGUAUAUCAUCAUUGUUACCAAAGCUUCUUGACAUGUUGAAUGUGUAUAAAAAUCACUCUGAUGGGCCAAUGGGAGAUCAAAAGCUCUCAAUUGAUAUAAUUGAUGGGUGUCCUCAACAAAGUGACGGGUGUAAUUGUGGUAUGUUUGUAGUGAAAUUUGCAGAGUUUUUAAUGAUGGAUUUAAAGAUAGAUGAAGUGCAGUCAUGUGACAUGGAAGCUUACCAGGUUAAAAUGACAACAGAACUUUUAGCUUAUAGCUAUGAGAGGAAGGAAGAAUCCCGAAAGCAAUAGACUUUUUUUAUACCUUCAAUAUUUUAUUGUUCGUAUGACAGCUGUUUGGAGUUUGUUUUAGUUUGUUUGUGGUAUAAAUGAUAUUUUGUUUUGUUCUAGUAAUAAUUAAUGGGCAUUUAAUUAAUUAGUGAUGUGAAAGUGGAUUAGUGGAUAUUUUGUUAUUAAGUCACACUGCCAUGACCAUUCCACACUUCCAAAAUUGUUUAGGCAGUCACUGAAUACUUUGUUUGAUUAAGUGGAAUAUACACUGCAAUGUUUG